UUUUUCUGUUUGAGGUUAUGUUUUUAUUUAUAACUAUAGGAAAACAAAAUAUUAUUGAAUAAACUGUUUUUCCAAAAAAAAAAAUCAGAACAUUUUAGCAAGUAAACGUCCAACUUAAAAUGGUCACAGAAGCCUUGGAAAAUGACCAAAUAAUCCUAGCAACUGGGGGCUACGAUCACACCAUCAAACUAUGGCAAACCCCAACUGGAAUAUGCCACCGCACUAUGCAACAUGCAGAAUCCCAAGUGAAUGCUUUAGAAAUUACACCAGAUAAGAAACUGUUAGCCGCGGCCAGCUAUCAACACAUUUACAUGUAUGAUCUACUUUCAAAUGACCCAAAUGCUAUUGUCAAUUAUGAAGGCACCUCGAAAAAUGUCACUUGUAUUGGAUUUCAAGAAGAUGGAAAAUGGAUGUAUUCGGGUGGAGAGGAUGGAAGGACGAGAAUUUGGGACUUACGAUCCAAAAAGGACCAAAAUCAGUACUCGAAGAGUUUUGAUACUCGGCAAGGGCAUGGCACUAAUUUGUCACCAAUUAAUUGUGCAGUUUUGCAUCCCAAUCAAGUGGAAUUAUUUAUUGGUGACCAAAAUGGAAUAAUUUACCGCUGGGACCUCCGGACUGACAAUAACGAACAAUUCAUACCAGAAAAUGAUGUAAUGAUCCUGGGCAUAGAUAUUUCCCCAGACGGUUCUCAGAUGGCCUGUGUUAAUAAUAAGGGAAGAGCCUAUAUAUGGAAUCUAACUGCAGCUGUAACUGAUCAAAGUACAAUACUAAAGCCCAGGCACAAAUUCGAAGCACACAAAAGGGCAGCGUUAAAGUGUAAAUAUUCUCCAGAUUCAAGUAUGUUAGUGACGACCUCGGCAGAUACAACAGCAAGAAUUUGGGAUACUGAGGAGUACAAUUUAAAGCAAGAACUAAAACAAGAUAUGAGUCAAAGAUGGGUUUGGGACGCCGCCUGGAGUUCUGAUAGCCAGUACAUUUUUACAGCUUCUUCAGAUAAUUUUGCAAAACUGUGGAAUAUUGAAACUGGAAAUCUAGAGAGAACAUAUUCAGGACACCAAAAAGCGACAGACCUCGAAAAAAUAAAACAUUAAAAUUCAUGGGAGAAAUCUGUGCUGACAGGAUAAUGUUACAGACUUGAUGCUUAUAAUCUGUUGAUCGGCGAAUUAUAACGGAGUAGGUACAGGAGAAAUUUAUUUAAUGAAUAGUUAAAUUCAGUGGAAUUUGGAGUUACCUAAGGAAACCGAGAGAAUUUUACUUUUAGUCAAAAAAUGUUGAACUGAUCGUAGCAAAAACCAAAUUAAAGGUUUUUAUAUGAGAUUUGGUGUAGAAUUUAAAAAUUAGUUGAAUAAAAUAGAAGUUAGAAAACAGCCAGUUAAAAAUAAUCCAAACAAAGAAAUUGCAUUAAAACUUUUUGAAAAUGUAUAUGUAAUUUUUCUAUUUGUUCUAAUAUCUUUUUUCUAAUGUUAAUUGGCUUUUAAAGGCCUGAUGAUGCUUUAGCAAGAAGGAAACACAGGUGUGGCCUUGUAUUAUAGGUUAUGAGACACUGACUGUGUGUUUUCUUUGUUUUCGUCAGUUCUAGCUUUAAAAACAAAUUUAAAAAUGUGACAUAAAAACUUGAAUGUAGGAUUUGUUUAAUCAUAAUUUUGAAUAAUUAAAUCAAUAUUACUUAGUUAUAAAAGAGGUUUGAAAGCUAUUUGAAUGAAAACAUUCUUGAAUAACCAUCGAAAAUUUAACCCUUUUUAUAUCGUUUUAUACUUUUUGAGAUAGGUACUUUAUGCUUUUAGUUGUCUGUUUGUUGUAAGAAAAUUUACUUUUUGUGAGUUGUAAAUACGAGUUCUUGUUUAUUUUAUUUCUAUUGAAGAAAUUAUAAAAUAAUAAAAAGUAUCUUAGUCUGAGAUAUCAUAAAUAAUGAUGUUUUUUUGACUGUAUUUGUGUAAACAUAAUUAUUCACAGAAGAUCCAGACAGACGACAGUAUGGCAUUAAAAGGAAACGGUGAUAAUUAAUUUUCACCUCUUUGUAUAUGUAUGUAUCUGUUAAGAAACUCUAUAAAUAUGUUAAAUUUUUUGGUGAUUUUGACAUUAAAAAAUAUUUAAAUUCAGUUUAACAAAGACCAUUUUUUUUUAAAUUUAAUAAAAAAGAUAUUAAAAAAUAGUAGAGAAUUCA